UUAUAUGGAAUAAAUUGUUAUUUUAUUUAUAUGUCUAAGACGGCUAUGAAAAACAAAAAGACUGCCUUUACAAAUUCUUCAACAGGCUACGGCAAAUCUAAGCAUCACAGAAAUAUCAAAUCUAAUAAAAGUGAAUAUAAUAAAAAUGAUGAAGAAAAGAAACUUGAAGUCGCUAAGCUGGAUGAUGAUAAAAAUUUAAAUUCUGGGUUUGGAGAUUAUUUGAGAUCACCAGAAGCGGUGGAAAUGAUGAAAUUGUUUGUUAUGGCAAAUACGAUAAUGCUAUUAGUAACAUUGGCAUGGCCUAACAUGAAGGAACAUUAUUAUAUGUUGAUGCAAUGGUUAUCGAGCUUUCGUUCGGAAGACUAAAUUAACUUAAAAUAAUUCUAUUAAGUACAUACAAUUUUUUUUUUUUAUAUGAAUUU